AUCACCAAUUUUCCCAUUAAGGUCAAUAACAGCAACAAUAGGCGAUCAAUUUUGCAGUCAGAAAAUAGAGAUUCAGAUCAAGGAAGAAGCAAGGGAAGAAAGAACGAAAGUCGAAAGAGAUGGGAAUCAGAUUCAUAUUAAUGGUGAACAAGCAAGGGCAGACCCGUCUCGCCCAGAACUACGAAUGGCUAACCCACGAAGAACGACGUGCCCUCGAAGGCGAGAUCGUUCGUAAGUGCUUGGCCCGCAACGAGCAACAGUGUUCAUUUGAUGAGCAUCCGAAUUACAAAAUUGCGUACAGGCGAUACGCUUCGCUGUUUUUCUUAGUUGGAGUUGACAAUGAUAAGGUAAGUUCCAUUCCUUUCCUAUCCCCCUCUAAGAUCAUGUUUGUAAUUGUUGAUGUAUGCCUAAGUUUUUUAUGGCAUUUCCCCCCUAAGAUAAACAAAGAGAUGUUGAAAGCUUAGGAGUGUUUAGAAUGCAUACCCUUGAUAUGGGGUGAUUAACACAAACCAUCAACAAUUUUCUCUUUAUUGAAUCAUAUGCAAUGUUUGCUUGUGAUUUAGCACUACUGUAGAGGUUGCUUAGUGACAUUUGAAUUUUACUCUGUUGGAAUUGGAAGAAAAUAUCAACUUACACCCUA